AUGACUGAUUUGGGAGUGAUGACUUACUUCCUUAUAAUGGAAAUCCAUCAAUCUCAAGAUGGCAUUUUCAUUUGUCAAAGGAGAUACGUUAAUGAGAUGCUUAAGAAAUUUGGAAUGGAUGAAUGCAAGUCGGUUGCCACACCUUUGGUGCAAAAUCAAAGGCUAUGCAAAGAUGAUGGAGCAGCCUCGGUGGAUGAAACAGAUUAUAGGAGAAUGAUUGGGAUCUUGUUAUAUUUAACAGCAACAAGGCCUGAUCUCUCUUCCAAGAAGCAAGAAGUAGUGACACAAUCCACUGCAGAGGCUGAAUGCAUAUUAGCUGCAGCUACAGUAAAUGAAGCUAUUUGGUUGAGAAAUUUGCUAGCUGAUAUGGAGAAUCCAGUCAUGCAUGGUCGAACCAAGCACAUAAAAAUCAAGUUUCAUGCAGUGAGGGAGGCUGAGCAAUCCGGAGAAAUCAGAUUGACACACUGUAAGGGGGAAAUGCAAUUGGUUGACAUAUUUACUAAGUCCCUAUGUAAGUCCAAGUUUGAAGACAUGAAGCUUAAAUUUGGUGUCUCAAGCAAAAAUAUCAAGGAGGAGUGUUCAAAGGAGUGA